AUCCUUGUCUGAUUAGCAAAUGGGCAACAAUUUAUCCGUUGAUUAAAUGCAUAAGGUCAUAUUUAAGCAAAUAAUGAAAGUGCAAUAAAAGUAAAAUAGUCUUAAUUGUCAAAGUAAACCUUUCCAAUUUACCUGUGGAAUGUUUUCUAACAGCCACGAAACUGGCGAUUAACGCAGUCGCUGCACAGGUCGGCGUGGUUGUUUUGGGAGUAUCAAAAUGGCGGAUAUUUGCUUUCGGCGACUUCAGCAUUGGUGGCCAAUGAGCUAUCCAUUUUUUUUUUUAGAUCAGCGGCUGCGACAAAGCGCUGGUGCGUCACUUUUUUUCAUAUGACCACAGACGGAAACUCGGUUCAUGGAGGAGCACACAGUGGAAUUGGGUUUCCGUCGGACGUAAUUCAAUGUAACACGGUUUUGACAGUUGGAGGAGCAACCAACAUUUUGCUCUGUCGACAAGCGUCAUGAAGUGUUUGUUGUAGUGCACUUUCAACAGUCCGGAGGCUCAACUACCCGUCUGAUUGGUUAAUCAGCGGGAUGACAGACUGAGACGUUUGAUAAGCCACCUCUUUCAUAUCCUUAUCGCCAGGGCAGUCGCGCCCCAACACAGUCACAACCCACGUCAAUGAGGACUGUAGCAGUCCUUGGAGGGGGCAUUGGGGGAUUGGCCGCAUCUUACUAUCUCUGCAAAAGUCCCCAGGUUGCUAAGGUCAUUUUACUUGAGUCCAGUAGUCGUUAUGGUGGUUGGCUGUCGUCUACCAGAAGGUCAGAUGGAGCAGUAUUCGAACAUGGUCCUAGAGGGAUUCGACCUGCUGGGGCAGUAGGAAGAAAUACUCUUAAUAUGGUAGAAGACCUGGGUCUUUCAGGAGAGGUUCUGCCUGUUACCUACAGUCACGAUGCAUCCAAAAACAGAUAUCUGUAUGUCAACAAACAACUUCAUAGGAUGCCUUCAGGAAUAAGUGGACUUCUCAAAACAGUCUCACCUUUCUCCCGCCCCUUGCUGUUCAGCAUUGCCACAGAGAUAUUUGCCAAGAAAAGCUAUGAGGAAGACGAAUCCAUCCAUUCGUUUGUUUCUCGAAGGCUUGGAAAAGAGCUUGCCAACAUUGCUGUGGACAGUCUGUGUCGAGGGGUGUUCGCAGGGGAUUGCCGGAAGUUAAGUGUGCGCUCUUGUUUUCCUGUCCUCUACAACGCUGAGAAGCGCAGAGGUUCCCUCACACUUGGUAUGCUUCUGGGGUCUGACCCCUCCCAAGUUGUUCCUCUGGGUCCUCUGAGCCAGCAAUCUAUAAAGGAGUCUUGGGCCCAGUGGUCCCUUAGAAGGGGGUUAGAGGACCUCCCUGAGUCCAUCAUUGACUUUCUCCAAAGGAGUAAGAGGGUCCAGCUUAACCGAGAAGUUCCUGUAAAACACAUCAAUCCAUCACCUAUGGGUUGGAUGAUCCAUUUGGACAAUGGGAUCAUAUCAGCUGACCACAUCAUCUCCGCCUUGCCUGCUAAAGUGCUCUCGUCUGUCCUGCCGUCGUUCUGUCAGCCGCUCAUCCAGAACCUGCAGGACAUCUCCUGUGUCACUGUCGCUGUGGUAAAUCUGCAGUAUGAGGGCUCUGUACUCCCUGUUACAGGAUUUGGACACCUGGUUCCAUCUUCAGAGGAUCGGGGUUUACUGGGUGUGGUCUACGACUCUGUCCCCUUCCCUCAACACAACAGACAUAAAGGAGAAACCACAAGACUUACAGUGAUGAUGGGUGGUGCCUGGUUCGACGAAGUGUUUGGCACCCCAAGUGCAGUAACAGAGGGCCAACUUUUAGAGCGAGCCACUGAGGCGGUGCGCUGUCACCUAGGAGUCACCUCAGGACCCAGCUGGAGUCGGGUUGCUCUUCAGAAGGAUUGUAUACCUCAGUAUUAUGAGGGGCACUUUUCGAGACUAGAGUACAUGCGCAACUUCAUCAAGAACAACAACCUUUCACUUUCUCUGAUUGGGUCCUCCUAUGAUGGUGUGGCAAUCAAUGAUGUCAUCUUUAAUGCAAGGAAAGCUGUAGAAAAGCUGUUGGGAACUGGGGUUCAAUAACAUGGCCUUUUUUAAAUGUA